UCCCCAUCUCCACUCUCUCUCUCUCUCUCUCUCUCUCUCUCUCUACGGCUUUAAUUUGAAAUUAUCGGACGCGCACUUCUUGUCUCCUUUAUAUUAACUACUUAUACACUGUACAUUUCUUCGUAGCCAGCAGCCGACCACCCACCAAACUGUUCCCUCUCGUUCUUAGUUCUGUGCUCUCUGCAUGCGUUUUUGGUUCAAUCUCAGCUUGUAGGUUUUGCAUCUAGUGUAAGCCACUUGAAUACCAUAAUGGCAUCUGCGAAUCCUUUUUUUGAUGACAUGCGGAGCAAGCCUGAGGUUAUUGAUCCUCCUCAAAGUGAAGACAUGAUGGAUGUUGGUGAAAAUGUGAAUGAUACUGCUUCAAAUUCUCUAAAACCUGUGGCAGUUUCUAGCAGUGUCCGUGAGCUGUUGGAGUGCCCUGUGUGCUUAAAUGCCAUGUACCCUCCUAUACAUCAGUGUUCAAAUGGUCACACAUUGUGUUCUGGUUGCAAACCCAGGGUGCACAACCGGUGUCCUACUUGCCGGCAUGAACUUGGCAAUAUAAGAUGUCUUGCAUUGGAGAAGGUUGCUGCUUCUCUGGAACUUCCAUGUAAAUAUCAGAGUUUUGGGUGCAUGGGUAUAUACCCAUAUUACAGCAAACUUAAACAUGAAUCUCAAUGCAUCUAUAGACCCUACAACUGUCCCUAUGCUGGAUCAGAAUGCACUGUUAUUGGUGAUAUUCCUUCUCUGGUGGCCCACUUGAAAGAUGAUCAUAAAGUUGACAUGCACAGUGGCAGCACUUUCAACCAUCGCUAUGUCAAAUCAAAUCCACAGGAGGUUGAAAAUGCCACAUGGAUGCUGACGGUCUUCAGUUGCUUUGGUCAGUACUUUUGUCUGCAUUUUGAAGCUUUUCAGCUUGGGAUGGCUCCAGUUUACAUAGCAUUCUUGCGGUUUAUGGGUGAUGAUGAUGAGGCGAAGAACUACAGCUACAGCUUAGAGGUUGGUGGAAAUGGCAGGAAGAUGAUUUGGCAAGGGGUACCUAGAAGCAUUAGGGACAGCCAUAGGAAGGUUCGUGACAGUUUCGAUGGUCUCAUCAUCCAACGCAACAUGGCUCUCUUCUUCUCCGGUGGAGACCGGAAGGAAUUAAAGCUUAGGGUGACUGGUAGGAUUUGGAAAGAGCAGUGAUUAUAUCUUUGUUUACCCCUUAUAUAUUUAGCCUGUAGUAGUGAGUCUUCUAGUCAUGUAUUUUUUGGGAUUGAGGAAGCAAACUCUCUUUGCUUGUCCAUGCAGUAAAUACAUGAGUGGGAAUGCAUACGUCUUUUCUAUAAUCACAAUACUUACCUAUUUGUAGAUGAAUUAUAGUCUGGCAAUGGUAAUUUUUCCUUCUGUGUUCACGCAUGGGUGAAUACAUCGGUGUUUAAACA